AUCCAGCCCAGCGUUCCGGGGACGGGGAGUGUGGCCCUCUGUGGACCCUCAGAGCUGAGGAAGGGGUCGGAGUGGCCGAAAGGGUUCCAGGUUUACUUGGAAGAAAAUUCACUGAGGUUCUUCCUAAAGUUGCCAAUCUCCAGGUGGGGCCUGGCGAUCUCCUGGAAUUACAGCUAAUCUCCAGACUACAGAGAUCAGUUCCCCUGGAGAAAAUGGCAGCUUCGGAGGGAUUUCUCCAUAAUGAUAAUGAUUGAGAGCGUCGACUCAGUGGUCACUGUCUCCAGCCAGGACCUCUGGGCAGAAGUCUGUUCAUCUCUUCCACAUCCAGACCAGAACGAAGACUCAAAUGAUGCAUUUGCAGAUUCCUUUGCUGAUUCUUACUUUCACGUAGGAAGCCAGAAUGAAGGAAUGGAUACCUCUUUCCAAGCAAACUUGAAGCCCUGGGCACCACUCAAGGAUUCAGAGGUCUACUUGGCAUCUUUAGAGAGAAGAUUGAGGAGAAUAAAGGGUUUAUCUCAGGAAGUGACUUCCAAGGAUAUGCUGCACACCCUUGCUCAAGCCAAGAAAGAAUGCUGGGACAGGUUUCUGCAGGAGAAGUCUGAGUCUGACUUUUAUGUGGAGGGAAUGGAACCUGAUGAGAGCACUCUGGAACACUUGAAGCGCUGGCUCCAGCCUGAUAAAGUGGCAGUCAGCACUGAGGAAGUACAGUAUCUGAUUCCCCUGGAAGCCCGCAUAGAGAAGCAGGAGACGGAAGAUGAGUCAAUGGCUGUAGAACAGUGAAAUGCAGUCUGAACUUGCCUCAUAUCAGGGGCUAGUACAGUUUGUGUUUAAAAGAGCAAGCGGGGGAAGUGCCAAUGCUUUGUUAAACGAGGCCUCAGAUUUUUUUCUCCAUAGUUCUUCCUCUCUUAGAGCAGCUGUUCCAGGGUGAAGUGUCUCAGAAUUAUUGUCGUAUGUAAUUUACUGAGGCACAACUUGAGCAGAAAGGCAGCAAAGUGGCUGAAGCUUUGGCUAAUAUGAUGAACUGGAGCAUGACAUGCGAGUUAAGAGAUCGUUAGCUUGUAUUAUUUUUUUAUCCUUUCAUGAGUCUUCCUUUGCAUCUACAUUGUGCUGAGAACAUCUUGCUGUGUCGUUUUUGAAGGACUGAUGUAUACACAGAUUCCUUGUAACAUAUUCUUUUGUAUAAUUUCUCUAUAAAUGUAAUACAUGCUGUGUCAGCUGGCCCCAAUCCUGCCUUGAAAUGUGUAAAAGACUGUAUUUCAAAAUUCCAGCAUACACUGUGAAAUCCUAAACAGAGUUAUGCCUUUCUAAGCCUAUUGACUUAGAAGGGUGUAACUUGGUUUGGGACUAUACUGAUAGAAACAUACCUGACAUUCCUUUAAUUUCAAUGUUCCAUUCCUUAAUGGUAAUUCCUAAGGCAGAUGCUGCUUAGGAUUCACCAUCACAUAUGUCUGUCUUCCAAUAUUGUCCUUUUUUAAAAAAGCCAAAAUGGUGCAUGGAUCUUUUCCUGUGAUGGGUGAAAGACAGCUGAGGGGAGGUCAUUGUUCAGUCACCCUCCCUACUAUUCCUUUGUUUUUAAAAAUGUUGGAAGAAAGAUACAUGCUACUCGUUGUAUGAUGCAUGAAAAGCAUCUUCUAGCAAAAGAAGUCCUCUGCACUGAAAUUGAUGUUUUUGUCCACACAAAGAUUUGUAAUUGAUGAACAGUUAGGACUUUGAUCAUUUUCAUAUAACUGAAUUUAAAACUGUUUGGGAAUUGACUUUCUUUGAAUUAUCAUUUGUCAUUAUCUUUGUUUCUAGCCAAUAUAUUCAUAAAGUUCUCCUUAUACAACCUCCUCAGCUUUUAUUGUUGCAAGGCGCUGCUAGCUGAUGACUUCUGAAGCAAUUCUGGAACAAAACCUUUAUUUAGCAAGUAAUUUGAAUGAACAAGACAGUGAUUAAAAUAUACAAAUCGAAAUAUGAGAUUCCAACAUACGUCAUGUAGAAAAUACUUUUUGAAAUUUCUGAGCAGUGUUUCUGUUUUACUGAAAUGGGGAAUGUAGUCUAUCAAAUGAGACAAAACAUCUGAAAACUUGGGAAAUGUACUUUUUAUUAUUUCACUGUAUUUCAUGUUUAGCCCAACUCUUCUUGAUGCGUCCUGCUUUGAUAUAUGUGGAUGCUGAACUGGAUACUUUGCAGUUGCACUGGUGGCAUAUGACUAUAAUUGGUUUAUUUUAUUUGUACAGUUAAUUUUUUAAGGUAUCUUAAUUGCUACUUAUCUCAGUUUAGCAAAAUAUACAUUUGUGUAGGAGCGUGUAGUAUUACGUUGUGGCUUACUGUGUUUCGUUGUAGACUAUAUCAUUGCAAAAUGGAGACUUGAUAAUUAA